AUGGAGCAGAAACAAGAACGUCAGUGCGAGCUCGAGUGGAUUUGCACACCACCGACCAAUGUCGAUGUAUGCGGGAAUCCACGGUUAGUGGAAAUUCCAUUACGCUUUUCUGUCAAAACAGCGGCUUUGGCAUCGCAGAAAACGAAAGGCCAACCAUGUCAGAAAAACCACAAUGUUAUAGUGGUUGGUAACAGUGAAAUGGGAAAACUAUUCUCACCUGGUACCUUCUUCAGCAUUGAAGCCAAUGACAAGCACCGAACGCAGAUCGUCAUCAAAGUGGACGUGUUUAUAGAGAAGGAGAAAGGAGUAGGUUCUUACCUGGACUUUAUCGCUUCAUCGAAAUGA